AUGUCAGGAAGCGAACUUGUAUUCGCUAUAGAAGCUAGAAUGGUAGAGAGACAACAUCGGAAGCGUCACACCAUUCACAGCGAAGUUAAGGAACCGACUGUUAGCGAGCAGGCUGUACCAGAGAGCGAACAUUUUGAUCGACCACGUCCUAUUCGAAUGAAGAGACAAACAUGCAAAACAAAAGCCUCUGACGAUCUGAACAAUUUGAAACAGGACUUCGCAGCGCACUGUGAUCGAGAGAAUAUGUAAGC